AUGCUCUCCCCAGUCCGUCUGCUCCCUCUUAUUGGGAGUCUCCUCCCUAUAGUCUCUGGGCUGCCUACCACCAGCCCAUCGCCUGUAGUUCUUCCUCCCAGUGUAGACCCUUUCUACAGCGCCCCCCAUGGCUACGAGAGCACCCGUCCCGGCGCCAUCCUGCGCCUACGCCCCGCUCCGGGCAAUCUGACUGCGUCGGUCGGUAAUGCUUCUGCAGCAUACAACAUCGUCUACCGCACCACAGACAGCCAAUAUCGCCCUUCAUGGGCCGUGACUACCGUCUUCGUUCCCUCCAACCCUCGCCCCGGCAACUCUUCUCUUCUCUCCUACCAAAUCGCAUAUGACUCCCACAGCAUUAACGCCAGCCCCAGCUAUGCCAUCUGGUACGUCAAUGUCCCGGACUACGAAGGUCCCCUCGCUUCCUUCACCGCAGGUGUCCAAUCGGGCCACGCGACACUCGACUCCAUCCGCAGCAUUAUCCACUCCAACACCACCGCCUUCAACAUUAAAGCUUCGUCCUCCCGCACAGCUCUAUGGGGAUACUCCGGCGGCGCCCUCGCCAGCGAAUGGGCCACCGAGUUACAGGGACAAUACGCGCCCGAGCUCUCUCUUGCCGGUGCAGCUCUCGGCGGACUCACACCCAACAUCACGAACGUGAUGAACACCGUGACAGGGAACAUCAACGCGGGACUCAUCCCAGAAGCCGUCCUCGGCCUGGCCAGUCAAUACCCCGCCACCUACGAGUACUUGGUCAGCCAGCUCAAGCCAGAGGGAAAGCACAACCGCACGACCUUCCUCCUAUCGCAGAACAUGACUCUCGCACAGGCGGAGGCGUCCUUCGCCGGGCAGGAUGUCUACGAGUAUUUCGUUAACGGCAGUGACACCUUCAAGGCCCCUGUUGUGCAGUAUGCGCUGAACAGGGACGGGUACAUGGGCUACCAUGGCGUGCCGCAGACCCCUAUCUAUGCGUACAAGGCGACCCAUGAUGAGGUCAGCCCUGUCGGCGAUACCGAUGCGUUGUUGGAAAGGUACUGCGGUGUCGGCGUGAAUAUCCUCUAUGAGCGCAAUACCAUCGGCGGGCAUUCUGCGGAGGGUAUCAAUGGCCAUGCGAGGGCGCUGCAGUUCCUUGCCGCCGUCUUGGAUGGGUCCUAUGCUAGUGUGUACCAGACUAGGGGAUGCACGUUCAGGGAUGUUGCGGUGAAUAUCACUGAUUCGGCGCUGUGA